CGAGGGCAGGAUGGGAAAUGGAGGCCUCAGUUAGCGAGAGCGACCGGGGAGCCGAAGGGGCUUCCGAAGGGCUGAGCCGCCAGCUUGAGAGGCAUCAUGCAUAACUCCAGUUUUAAGUGAAGCAAGAAAGAUUAACGGACGCUAUGAAGAUACCAAAACCGCUCUACGCUUUCGCAGUUUUUACAUGUGCUGCUAUUUAUGCGGUAUAUGUAAAAUGGCACUUGGACUUUAAAACAAAAGCUGCCAUCAAUGAUUUGGAAAGCCAGCUCAAAAGUGAAAUGUCAAGAACAGAUCAGGAAGUUCUUUAUGGAAUCAUGUUUGAUGCUGGAAGCACUGGGACUCGAAUACACGUAUUCAAAUUCACACAAAAGCCAAAAGAAAUUCCUAAAUUAAUCCAUACCACAUUCAGAGCACUAACGCCAGGACUUUCUGCAUAUGCUGACAGUGUUGAUAAGAGUGCUCAAGGAAUAAAUGAACUACUGACAGUUGCUAAAGAAGAUGUUCCUCUGGAAUUGUGGAAGUCCACUCCUUUGGUCCUUAAAGCAACAGCUGGCUUAAGACUGCUGCCAAAAGAAAAGGCACAGAAAUUGCUGGAUAAGGUAAAGGACAUCUUUCAAGAAUCUCCGUUCCUUGUAAGGAGCGACUGUGUCUCUGUAAUGGAUGGAACAGAUGAAGGUAUUUCAGCAUGGAUCACUGUCAACUUCUUAACAGAUAGCUUGAAUACUCCAAGAAAGAGGUGUGUAGGAAUGCUGGAUUUAGGAGGUGGCUCAAUUCAGAUCACAUUUCGCCCAAGCACUAAGACCGCUCUGGAGAGCUCCCCUGCUGGUCGCAUCACUUCAUUUCAGAUGUUUAACACCACAUACCAGCUGUAUUCACACAGUUACUUGGGACUUGGAUUGAUGUCGGCAAGGCUGGCGAUUUUAGGAGGAGUUGAAGGUCAAGCCUUAAAGGAAGGAGAAGAGCUUACAAGUUCCUGCUUAUCGCCUGGUUUCCAGGGUGAAUGGGAGCAUGCCAAGAUAAUAUACAAAAUUAAAGGGCAGAAGGCAGGAAAACCUCUCUUCGAAUCAUGUUCCGAUGAAAUAGCAAAACUGAUCAGCACGAAGGUUCAUAGGACAGAUGAAGUAAAGGAUUUGGAUUUUUAUGCCUUUUCCUACUAUUACGAUUUGGCAGUGGAUGCUGGCUUAAUAGAUAAUGAAAAAGGAGGGACCCUAGCAGUUGGUGAAUUUGAAGCUGUUGCAAAGAAUGUGUGUAAAACCAUGGAAGAUCAAGAAGGAGAGCAUCCUUUUCUCUGCAUGGAUCUCACAUAUGUCAGUUUGCUUUUGGAAGAACUAGGCUUUCCAAAGAGCCACGUUCUUAAGCUUGCUCGAAAAAUCAACAACACUGAAACCAGCUGGGCUCUGGGAGCUAUACUUCACUAUAUGGAUUCACUUCACAAACUGCAAUAUUAGGGCUUUGGGAGCCUUGGGGAUGCAGUGAGUCUGGGAGGAUGUGAUGUGGCAGCAUUUUGGAAGCUAAGCAGGUGUGGACCUGGUCAGUUCCUUGGACCAGAGACUACUGGAAGCUGCACUACUGGAAGACUACUGUAAAAGCUAUACAUGUGUGUAUGUAUUUCAUAAAUACAUUUCAAAAGGCCUUGACCUCUUUCAGCAGGGAACUCAGGUGCUAGUUUUUGGUAGCUUAACAUACCACUACUCUGUGAAAUUGUGUACCUUUCUAAAAGUGUCACUUAAAGUUGGGGAUGGUGGUUCUGAAAAGGACUAGGCCAUGGCAGCUGAGAUCCAAGUCUUGGGCAACAUACCUGAGCUGAAAUGGAAUGAAUGCAAAAAUCACCCUGUGAUUCAUGAUGAGAAUAUAGUCAUGUUUUUCAGACUGCCAGGGGUACCUUCUUUCUCCUCCUCUGUCCACAUUUGCCUAGUUUUCUGUAUUGGGGACAGUUCAUUCCCUCCAUUGCAGAAUUUCUACAGUGUUUGUCAUCAGGGAUUUGGUCAGCCUUUCUGUCACAGCUUUUCAAUGAGGGCAGCUUGAGGAAGGUUUCCUCCCCUUCCAGCUGUCCAGCGUCACCUGAUCCUUCAAUCAAGUGCUGACUACCUCCAGGAGGAGUUAACUCUUUCUUGCAUGCUUCGUUCCUCCGCUGACCAGGAGGAAACUUCACAGCAAGCCAAACCUGCCAUUCUCCAUCAUGUUCUACAGUCUCUAUGAGAAAAGCACAUCAUCCUCAGGCAGGCUUUUUGCCUUUCCAGCAAGCAUUCUGAACCUAGUCUCAGAAACAAGUGUGACUUUUAUAUUGCAGUGUGUGCGCGCGCAUUUGGGGGAAUUGCUUUAUUUUUCUUAAAUGUAUAGAAACUAACAAAUGGUGUCUUUUAAAAAAAAUAUUUUGCUUUGUCCAACUUUACCAGUAGGCAUUGAGAUUAAUCUUCUGAAACUCAGCAUUUCUGUUCUUCAUAGUCUGUACCAUACUGGGUUAUUUUGGCGGUGUUCUGGUGGUUUUAAGGCCUUUCCCACAAUCUGAAGCCAGUUGGUGUCUCACUUGCUAGCAGCACACUGAAUUCUUAUUGCUGAAAUUGAGUUGAUUUUUAAAUGAAAGGUUAAUAGGAAACUUCUGCCCUCUCCUUAAUGUUGAUGGGAGAAAGAAAGGUGGUUAAAAUGGCAUGUUGGUGUCUCUCUGCUGGAAGGUGGGUUUUGUCAUGAUGGAGACCCCAGUUGUGACCCAACCAUUGGUUGUCCUACCAAUGAUAGCAAGCAGCCCCCAAACCUGUCUUUCUUAAAAAUCUCGUUUAUUUGAAAAUAUUAAAACCAGCCUGUGACCGUUCUUGCUAUUUCUUCCUUUUUUCCAAUCUUAUAGAACCCUGUCUGUAGAAGAUCUCUGUAUAUUCCCCAGUUCUUUUCCAUAUUUAGUUUUUUUACAGCAACUGCCUCCAUUGGGGAUAUCCAGUAUGGAGUCUUACUUCUAGGAAAUCCUUAUGCCUUACUCGGACACUAUACAGACUCUUUCUGAUCAUAUUAGAGAAUCCCUUGUGAACUUCAUCUUUAUCAUAAUACAGAUAACAUUGCCACCCAUUCACUAGAUCAAAUCCUUUUUAAGUCCAAGAUACCCGCAUCUUUCAAAUCCAUCCACUCCUUCAUCCAGCCCAGACAGGCUGCCUCAUAAUACAUUUUUAGGUCCAGCAGGGCAAACCCCACCCCCGUAGUCUUUGUGCCAAUUUAAAAAUUGUAUUUAACCCUAGGUUUUUUUCUCUUGCCAGACAAAAUGUGUUAUAUCUUUUUUCCAUUGUUUAAAGCAGUUGGUAUUUCUGAUCACAGGCAGGGAUUGAAAUAGGAAGAUCAUUUUUGAUAAAACAUUCAUUUUAAAUGCAAAGAUUCUUCCUAACUUUGCGAGGUUAACUCAGCUCUAUUUCUCCAUGUCUUUCUUAACUUCAAUCCAAGUUUUAUUAUACUUGGACGAGGUUUAAUUUUUUAGAGGCGAGCCAUACCCCCGUAUAUUUAACUUUCUUUUGGAUUACAGAAAACAGGGCUACAGCUUAAGGGUGAAACUGCACUUUAUGAACCACGUUUGAUUUAAAUAAGAAGAAGAAGCAUGAGGAGAGGGGGACUUAUUUUCAUUUGGAUUGUGGUGUACAGGGACAAGGAGUUUAGCUUUUUCCUUCCCUACCACAAUUCCAGUUAAAAACUGCCUUUCCUCCGUGCCACAGGCUGCUGUUAGUCUGAGAGGGAAACACUCUCAUUGCUGUCAAUGGGGAACUUUCCCCUCUGGGCUAAAAGGGGUGGGUGGAGGUGCAGUUUUAGUCUGCAGAGGAAGAAAGAGUUAAACUUCUGCUCCCCUGCAGUCCUGACAAAAAUUGCACUUGCUGCUGUACAGUUACUUUAAAAAAAACCUGACUUGGUUCCUAAUGAUGUAUCUAAUGUACAUCUGGUAUCCUGUUCAUGUAUACUUAAUGGAGCACUUCAUUUUAAGGCUGUGAAGGGUCUGGUCUAGGAGCCACUGUAGCUAACGGAAUGUUAAUAUUUUAAGCACCAACUCUUAGGUUAGAAAACAAAUUGAAUGCAAAAAACUCUUCCAGUUGUUUGAUUGUCCUUGGCUUGUCUGUUGAAGUAGCAUGUGUGCAAAUGAAUUUUGGAUAUUCAAAAAUUAUUUUUACUGUCAAUUAAAAAAAAUGCAAGUGAA